AUUUAUUUCCUAUAAUGAACCCUCUAUACAUUACUUAAGAUGAACUUCAUCAAAUGUUCUAAUCUCCAAAUCAAACAAAAAGAAGCGCAGAUUCUAUAGCUACACUCGAACCAUAAACAGUAAAGUUUUAAUAAACAUUUUCUAACAUUCAAACAAACAUCGAAACAAUAGAACAAUUGAAAAAAGAAUUGGCAGCCAAGGAUAAAAUGAUAAAUGAGUUAAAUUCAAAAACUUCUUAAUAAAUUGAAUCCCUUCUCUGCUAAUAGGAAAAAAUAAUACAAGAAAAUCUCAAUCUCAAAAAAGAACUUAAUACAUCAAAAGCUUAACAAAAACACUAAUAGCAAAAAUUAGAACUUUAUAUGGCUGAGACAAAGACGCUCUAAUAACUUCGACUUUAAGAGCGAACAAGAUACUAAAGAGAUAUUAGAAAUAUCGAAAAAUUCAAUUCACUUACUAAGUGA